AUGGCUCCAACCAUGACCAGUCCGUCAGGCAUGACCAGUCCUUCAGGCAUCACCAACUUUGUUAUAAACAAAGGCAAUGGAGUUAAGGGACUUUCAGAAAUGGGUCUCAAAAGACUUCCAAAGCAAUAUAUCCAGCCCCUUGAAGAGAGAAUUAGCACUGCGAGUUUUGGGAUCAAAAACUCCGAAGAGUCUGUUCCCAUCAUCGACAUGUCAAACUGGGACGACCCGAAAGAGGCAACUCAUCGCUUCUUUGAGUUGCCAGCUGAGGAGAAGAGUAAGAAUUCGAAAGAGCAUUUGUGUUCGAACAACGUCCGGUUUGGGACGAGCUUUAGCCCUCAAGCAGAGAAGGCUUUGGAGUGGAAAGAUUACCUUAGUCUCUUCUAUGUUUCUGAGGAUGAGGCCUCUGCACUUUGGCCUCCUGCCUGCAAGGAUGAAGUGCUUGAAUACAUGAAGAAAUCCGAAAUUCUCAUAAAACGACUCCUAGAGAUGUUAAUGAAGAGACUAAAUGUGAAAGAAAUAGACCAAGAAAAAGAAGGUCUUCUAAUGGGAUCCAUGCGGAUUAACCUCAACUACUACCCCAUUUGCCCAAACCCUGAGCUCACAGUUGGAGUUGGCCGCCACUCCGACGUCUCAACACUCACCGUCCUCCUUCAAGACCAGAUUGGCGGGCUUUACGUGCGCGGGGGCACCGACAAGAAGAGUUGGAUUCAUGUCCCUCCGGUGAAGGGGUCGUUGGUGAUCAACAUUGGUGAUGCACUUCAAAUCAUGAGCAACGGACGAUACAAGAGCAUCGAGCAUCGAGUGGCUGCGAAUGGAAGUAAGAACAGGAUUUCAGUCCCUAUAUUUGUCAACCCGAGGCCGUCGGAUUUGAUCUCUCCACUGCCGGAAGUGCUUGCAAAUGGGGAGAAAGCAGUGUAUAAGCAAGUUCUGUAUUCUGAUUAUGUCAAGCAUUUCUUCCGCAAGGCUCAUGAUGGGAAGAGUACGAUUGAGUUUGCCAAAAUUUGA